AUGGUUCUCUAUAGAAGCACCCGACGCAACAAACAAUCAUCGGCCUCAACGUUUUUAAGAGAGACACUUCCCAUAGAUCUCAUCAUCGAGAUACUCUCAAGAUUACCUGUGAAUUCCAUCGCAAGAUAUCGUUUUGUGUCGAAGCAAUGGGCUUCUUUACUUCAACGUCAAGAUUUCACAGAAUUGUUCCUCACAAGGACGCCAAUGCCUCGGCGGCAACGUCUUUUGUUCACCUUCAGAUUUGGCAGUAAGUGGCACUACUUCUCAUCCCCUCAGCCUCAAGAUUUUGGUGACAACGUAAGUGUUGUAGCAACCGAUUAUGAUAAUUGUGCUGAGUUAGAGGUUCUAGAUGACACCAAAGAAGGUAAAUGGUCGAUACACAAUUGUAAUUUGCCAUAUUCAUCUUUGGAGGACGUUAGAAAAUCAAUCUGGGCAAGUGAUAUGGGUGAUAUUGUUUGGCCGUCUUCAACUCGUUUAACCGAUCCAUUAUAUGUUUACUACAAAAAUGUGGAGACAGAUCACGUUCGAACAGUUGAAAUCAAAGGACUGAAAGACAAGGUAUCGACUAGUCGAGAUCCUCAUGAAUCAUUGUUUUUCUUCACGAAUUAUGAUGAGAAUCUGAUGUUUCUGCAACAACAUUGAGGCUGAUGACGAGUUCGGUUCUAGUAAGCUUUAUAGAUUCUAACUCUUACUAUGUUUCUACUUCAAUUGAUCCUUACUUAUGGAUGUUGUCUAAACUCUCAUUGACAUUGAUCUUAUUAUUCUUCUUCAUAUUAUUUUGCUUACUAUUAAUCUUCUACUGCUACUGCGUUUUAAUGUAUACAUGUUUACCUUAAAGAUUGCCUAGACUUGAGAAACAAAAGUUUACAUAGAAAAAGAUUUAGCCACA